AUGAUGAUAAGCGAAACACACGGUAAUCAAUCUAAGAUUCUUACCAUAGAGAGUCUAAACCGACGUAUUAUUGCUAUUAAAUAUGCUAUUCGAGGUCCUAUUGCAAUUCGAGCGGCUGAAAUUGAACAGCAACUCAAAAAGGAUGAUCAUAACUUUCCAUUUGAUCACUUAAUUCGUGCUAAUGCUGGUGACUGUCAUGCGAGUGGCAAUCAAGUACCUAUUACGUACAUUCGACAAUUCAUCGCUGGCUGUUCAUAUCCUCCACUUAUGGAAACGCCUGACUUUCCUUUAGACAUCAAAUGUAAAGUUGAAAGUUUGCUGAGCGCCUGUGGUGGUAGAAGUCUCGGUUCGUAUACGGAAGCUCCAGGCAUAUUCACUAUCCGACAAGAUAUAGCCGAUUAUAUUCAUCGUCGCGAUGGUCAUCCAUCCAAUCCAGAAGAUAUCUAUCUAUGCGAUGGAGUGACAAACGGAAUUCGAACAGUCCUUAAGCUUAUCAUGAAUAACGAUCUGAAGAAACCAUCAGGAGUGAUGACUCCUAUUCCACAAUUUCCAUUGUACAGUGCUACACUCUCCGAAUAUGGCAUUUAUGAAAUCGAAUACUAUCUCGAUGAAGAUAAUAAUUGGGAAGUGAAUAUGGAAGAAUUAGAAAAAGCACUGAACAAGGAGAAAGACAACUGUGUACCACGUUGUAUUGUUGUUAUCAAUCCUGGAAAUCCUACAGAUGAUGAUGCUGUUGAAAAUCUUCGUAAAUAUCCUAUUAGUGAACGAAAUCAUAGUGGUAAAAUAAAUUACGUAACAAAAGGCAUCGAAAAAGCAGUUUUUGAUAUACCAGAAAAUGCUCAAAUUAUUCUUUUGAAUUUUGCGAAUGAACAAUCUCCAGGUGGUGGAUAUUUAAGGCAUGCUCGAGCACAAGAAGAAAUUCUUCUUUAUAAUUCUGAUGGUUAUCGUGCAUUACUUGAUCUAAAAUAUGGACGUAUGAAUGGUGGUUAUGCAAUACCUGAAUUUGGAUUAGCUUAUGUUCGUAAUAUGCGAAUUUUUAAAUCGCUAUCAUCGGAUGAAUAUCGAAAAGCUGAUAUGUUAGUAUCUGCUUGUUAUUGUAUGAUUGGACAUGAACUUUAUCGAAAUCCGAAAAACAAAGAUGAUGUAACUAUUGAAAUGAUAUUCUAA